CCAAGAGCGACGCUGACAACGUUUCUUGCAGGCUCAGACAAGAAGGAUACGCAAAGUGCGAACCUAUCGCGCACAGGGGGCUCACUGGGUAAAUGGGCUAGUGUAAGGCCUAGACACUGAUCGUGGCAAGAAUCACAGACUGCACGCGUUCGGAAGCGAGAAGCUGCAGGACGAUAAUUGGAAGUGGGUUGCUUGUUUGACACGCCCAUCAUCCUCGUCACGGUCCCGCCCGGUCCAUUCUCUGUUAGACAUCUAUCGCACUUGGCGACGUUGCUCCCUCUCUUAAGACAAAACGCCAUCACAAGAGCGAGUAUAAGAUCUUCGCUACUACACAGCAGAUCCAAGAUGCAAUACGACCUCGACAACCGCAACACCCUCGAGGAGGUCUUCGUCCAGGAGGGAUCCGACUGGUACGCGACCUUCAAUCCGGACGUGCGCCGCCCGAUGUCGGUCCGCCAGGUCCAGCGCUACUCCCAUAGCAGUAUCGUAUGCAGCGUCAAGUUCUCUGCAGACGCGUCGCUUCUCGCCGUGGGCAUCAAGGACGAGGUGGUGCUCUACGACAGGCCAAAUAACCUCAAGUACUCAUACCCCAUCCCCGCGCCGCCCCCUGCAGACGACGGCGAGCCGAAGCCGAACCACGCGCGGUGCGUGGCGAUCAGUCCGGACGGAACGCUUUUAGCUGCCGGAUCGGAGGAUACGUACGUUCGGCUAUGGCACAUCCCCACCGGCUCAUUCCUCACCACCCUCGUCGGCCACCGCGGCGAAGUCUACGGCCUCGCCUUCUCCUCCACCUCCCCGUCCACCUCCACCCCCUCCUCGCCCAGCGAAACGACGCUCCUCUCCGCCUCCGCCGACGGCACAAUCCACGUCUGGCCCCUAGCGCCCUUAUACGCCACAGACACAGACACAGGCACAAACGCGGACACACCAUCCUCGAAAGACGGCAUCCAGCCUCUGAAAGUGCUCGUCGCGCCACAGAGCGCCGAGCAGCGCAAGCCGCCCGUGCUCACGAGCGUCUCCGUCUCCCCCGACGGCGCGCUCGUCGUGGGCGGCUCGCUCGACAACGCCGUGCGCGUAUGGGAUCUGCGCUCCGCGGGCGUCGUCGCGGAGGAGGGCGAGGUCGCGCAGCAUCCGAACCGGCUCAAGCUCAACAACAACAACAACACCAGCAACAAUAACAGUAGCAGCGGGGGCAGCUCGAGCGCGGAACCCGGCGCAGAGGCCGCAGCGGUGUACGCCGCCCACUUCAUACCGAGCGUCGGCGGCGGCUUCGGCGGCGGAUCGGAGUGGGACGUGUUGAGCGCGGGCACAGACAAGGCGCUCACGCUCUGGAAGGUCUCGGGCGAGGCGGGCAAGAUCAGGGGCGAGGGCGUGAAGACGCUCCGAGGACACCGGGCGGCGAUCGCAUGUGCGUCUGUCGCGCUCGUCGGGCGCAAGAUUUACGCUGCGUCUGGGAGUACCACUGGUGCACAGACGGACGCACCCGGGGCCGAGGCGAGCGCGAGUGUGCGGAUGUGGGAUGUAAAGGACGGCAAGACGAUGUUUGUGCUCAGAGGGCACAGGAAUACCGUAACCUCGGUGGACCUGAGCAAAGACGGGUCACUCCUUGUAACAGGGAGUGGCGACUGCGACGUGCGAGUCUGGGAGUACUCGCUCUCCUAGAGCUCCACGUAGGAUCACGAGCAAGUCGAUUGCGACGUUAUAUACCCUCCAUUUUAGUUAACGGACAUUGAGAUUAGUGGAUAAAUUUGUAUGUCAGUGCAGAUAUCUAUAAAAGGAUAUCAUAGUUAAACAAAUUGUUUUUACAUUUGAAAGCCGAAGCCUCGGUUACUGCUGA